CUCGGCGCGCCUGCAAACUGAGGCUGCGCCUGGGGACCAGCCGGACGCGCGAUGGCCUCAGCGAGCGGCCCGGGGCUGGCCCUGGGGGUCCUCAGCGUGAUCUGCCAGUUGGUCCGGUUCGGUUUCAUCAGCUGUGAUUCCAUACUGUUAUAUGGAGUUGUGAACAACAAUAUAACUUUUCCUACAUCAAGAUAUAUGCCUUUUAAAGAGAUCACGUGGAAGAAACACAAGGAUAAAGUCGUAGAAUGGGAAAGUAACUAUGCAGUCAAAACUUUCCCAUCUUUCGUAGGUAGGGUUCAUUUAGACACUACGUCAGGUAACCUCACCAUCUUCAAUUUAACAUCAUCAGAUGAAGGUGAAUAUGAAAUUGAAUCACCAGAUAUUAAGGAGAGUGCCAAGUUCUCUCUUAUUGUGAUUGGGCCUCUUCCAUCCGUGACACUAACUUGUUCAUUGACUGGUGAAAACAUUGCAGUCCAAUGCAGCAUCCCGGAGCACAACAACCACCCAGAGCUUAUUACGUACUCAUGGAAUUGCCCUUCAGAACAAUGUAAAAAUACCUCAAUGACUGAAAUAUAUUUUGGGAUAGAAGAUGAUCUUUCUCAAGAAACACAGUGUACUGUUAGCAAUCCGUUAUUCAAAAGCACAUCAUCAGUUCUUUUGGCAACCUGUGUCCCAAGCAGUGGUCAUGUAAGGCACAGGUUUGUGCUUAUACCAGUAUCAGUAGUAGCAAUUAUGAUAUGUGUUGUGGUGAUGUGCAUAACGGGUAUUCUGAAAGCCUGAACAUAAUCACACAGAACCAAGGAGAAAAACGUAUCAACAAAACUGGACCAAGAGCCUUCAACUAAAAAGACUUCUCUGAGACUUCUUUCCUGGAAGCAGUGAACUUCAUCCUCCAGCCGCCAGUAAUCUAACAUUAAGCCCCUUAACCUACCUGAUUGUUCUCUUUCAGUAUCAGCUGGUUUCACAUUAACCUCUCCGUCUUCCCAUAAUGCAGUUACCUCCAUUGGCAGCCAGGCCUGAUUCAAGCCACGUUCGGCCUGGGACUGUUUGCCUCCCUGGCCACGUUUCCCCCUUUCCAGCUCCUCCACACCUACUGUGCAGGAGUCACCCGGGCUGAUGUUCACCUCCGGGAUCUGGGCUGGACAGAAGCUGAGGGACACCCUUUGCAAACCUGCACCUUGUGCUUCUGGGUCCCCGGGCCUGCAGUGACUCCUCUGUUAUUUCAGACCAAGGCUGUCAGAGGGAGGCCGCAGCCCUGGCCUGCCGGAGCUGCUUGGCCUCUGGCUGCUCCCGUGGCUCUGGUGUUUGAGCUUUGUCUUCCCUCUCUCUGGGAAGAACUAUUGAAAUAGUUUCUUUGGAAAGGACAAAGAAUCUGGGCCAGAUGCUGAAGGGACAUUAAUGACCUGUCUUGGGUCCCCAUUGUGCCCAUGAGAGACACUCAGCUCUAAAGCUGCUCUGUGCUCUGUCUCCACUGGCCACACAGCCUGUGGCCUCUCCGCCUAACAGUGGAUGAUGGCUUUGGAGAGGGUCUUUGACUCCUUGGGUAACUGUAAGUAAAUAUAAGCAGUGAGGGCUUGAGGAAGGUCUGUGUUCCAUGGGACAAGAUGCCUCUUCACUUGUAUAGUCAGGGUAGAAUGCUGGAAAGAACCUUAAAACGCACCAUCAAAAACCUCCUUUCAUGGAGAACAGAGGCCUCACCUGAGCAUGGGCUGUAGAGUUCAGUCAGAAGCAGAGAGGGGACAUUGCAUGAGGCCUUCUCCCAGCUCCACUAAGCCCAUGCUGGGCGGGAUGAGGAAAAUCAAGGUUCUCAGUGGGGCACUGGGGUUGCAAGACUGGGGAGGGCUGGUGGCAGCUUCUUCAUGACCUGUCCCCAAAGAGGCCCUUCUCCCAGCCACCUUGGACCCCAGUCAGCUCUUCUAGGCUUUCCUGUCUGGGGGCUCAGCCCACGUGUUCGAUGGUUGGUAGGCUUGGUACUUGCUUUGUGUUUUUGCCUGGUGGUUAUGUCCUGCCCAGUACCACCUCAGUCUCAGAAGGACCCCCUCACUGAAACAGCCCUGAGAAAGGGAAAAAGGCAAGCCCUCCAUACCCACAUCUCUCACCUGGGCACGUGCACACACAGACCCACACCCCUGUCCUUAUGCCACAAUUGCUUCUCUGGUUUGUGUUGCUUUCCAGGCACAAUGCCCCUUUUCGUGAGUGGACAGAGCCCUGGCCUGGGUGGCAGGGAGCUGGGCUCCAUGCUCUGCCGCUGGGUGGAUGGCAUCCUCUCUGAGCUGCUCUGGUCUGCACACCAAGGGAGUUCCUCUAGACCAGCUCCAGUGUUGAUUCCCUCUCCAGAGGCACCCUGACUUCCUCCCCUUUCUUACCUGAGUAUCAGUUUACUCCCACCUCAGGGACUGAAUGGGGGACAGAUUCCAGAAAAAGGGGGUGGGGACACCAAAGCCAACGUUGCCAGCUGAGCCACACAGCUGCUUCACCCACGCACAGCAAGAGGUGUUCACCGGCUCUGCACUCCCCAGCUCCAGAUGUAGGGAUAUUGCCCAUUUGACAAAGGGAAGGCCCCCAACCCAAACAUCAUGUUUGUGAGUUUAACCUUGUCCUAAACAGCUCUCUGGAAAAGGUCCAGGUUCUCCCAGCCAGGACAGUGGGCUGUCAACGCUCAGCCCUUCACAUGCAACACCCUGGAGGUCAGCGUUUCUCUGGGUGACAGGCACCUGAGACUAAAGACAAACUUGAAAUAUGAAAAUGAGUU